AUGUCUACCAGCCUGGGUAAGCGGUCUGACUUUGCUGAUGGGGAAAGAGGAGGCUACGGCCCACGUUCUGCUGCUCCUUCCCGGGAGCUUGGGCUGGCCCCUGCACCACAGCCUGAGGUACAGAUCACAGGGCCACUUCUGCCCGCCUUGCUGCAGGGUGAAUAUACUGUCCUCAAGGCUCUUUCCAUCUGCCAAACAGCCGACGGAACACCUCUCACCAAUGCCAGUUACAAGGGAUUCUGCCUGCAGCAGCUGGAGACCUGCUUCCAGAGUGAGCCGGGGCAGCGCCUGGACGUAGUUCUGUGUCUUACUGAGGCCCAGGUGGAGGCUCGCCUUGGGCUGAGGGCCCAGGUGCAGCGGUCCUCCCUGGUGUCUGUGCGGCAGGCUGGGGCUUGCAGCCCUUCUCCACCAAACCAGCGCCAGCGCCAGCCCCAGCUGUCCAGCACAAUGCUCCUUGGCCAUGGCUUUCCUGUCUGCCAGCGCUCCCUCUUCAUCGCCCCCUUCCCCAACGCCCAGGCACAGCCUACAGCCUGCAGGCCGCUCGGCGCCCACUCGUGUUCUGGGGGGUUCUCCCCACAGCACAGGGAUGGCCCGCCCGAGGCCCCGCCCCAUCCCGCCCCUGAAGGGGCGCCCCGGGCCCCGAGUGGCCAGGAGGAGGCGCAGGCGGGGCCGGCGCAGCUCUGCACCCCGGGGCUCAAGGUGUCGGAGUGCCCGAGGGGCUCGCCCUGGGCUGUGGUCCUCGGUGGCCGUGGGGUCGCCCGGCGCUUAGGAGCUGCGCUGGGUCCCAGCUCUGUCCGAGCCCUGGCUCUGGGCGUCCCGUGUCCGGCGGGCACUCUCUGGCCGCCGCCCUCCUGUCACCUGUUCCUCAGCUCUGGCCUGGGGCACCCGCGCUCAGCCGCCUGGCCGGCAGAGGGCCUCGUUGGCCCAGGAAUCUGGCGCCGGCCUGGGCGGGGAGAGGCUGACUGGGCCGAGGAGCCCUGCAGGUAUUCUGUCAAGAGAGGCUCCUCUGAGUCCUACCUAGUGAGCAUGAUCCUCUUUGUAGCUAUACUGGGCAAGGGAAUAGGGAAGGCUCGGCAGCCCUUCCAGCCCCCCAGCCACGGUCCUGGUUGGGCGCUGGCCUGUCUGCUGAAGGAAAUGCCGCUGUUCAGCUGGCAGCUCCGCGACCGCGGGACCGGCAUCCCGGACGAGGGAAUGGAAAAAGUCAAACCUCAGGCUGCGCUGACGGGCAGUGAGCCCCUGACCAUCCUCCCACUGACCCUGGAGCCUGAGGCUGUGGCUGCCAAGGCGCACUACAAGGCCUGUGACCGGCUGAAGUUGGAGCGGAAGCAGAGGCGCAUGUGUCGCCGGGACCCGGGGGUGGCCGAGACUCUGGUGGAGGCCAUCAGCAUGAGCGCCCUCGAGUGCCAGUACCAGUUCCGCUUUGAACGAUGGAACUGCACCCUGGAGGGCCGCUACCGGGCCAGUCUGCUCAAGCGAGGUUUCAAGGAGACGGCCUUCCUGUACGCCAUCUCCUCGGCUGGGCUGACCCACGCGCUGGCCAAAGCCUGCAGCGCCGGCCGCAUGGAGCGCUGCACCUGCGACGAGGCGCCCGACCUGGAGAACCGUGAGGCCUGGCAGUGGGGUGGCUGCGGGGACAACCUCAAGUACAGCAGCAAGUUCGUCAAGGAGUUCCUCGGCCGCCGGUCCAACAAGGACCUGAGGGCCCGGGUUGACUUCCAUAACAACCUUGUGGGCGUGAAGGUGAUCAAAGCCGGGGUGGAGACCACAUGCAAGUGCCAUGGUGUCUCGGGCUCCUGCACGGUGAGGACCUGCUGGCGGCAGCUGGCGCCCUUCCAUGAGGUGGGCAAGCACCUGAAGCACAAAUAUGAGACCGCACUCAAGGUGGGCAGCACCACCAAUGAGGCCACGGGGGAGGCAGGUGACAUCUCGCCGCCCAGAGGCCGGUCGCCCGGGGUGGGCGGUGGCGACCCGCUGCCUCGCACUCCGGAGCUGGUGCACUUGGACGACUCACCGAGUUUCUGCAUGGCUGGCCGCUUCUCCCCAGGCACUGCAGGCCGUAAGUGCCACCGAGAAAAGAACUGUGAGAGCAUCUGCUGUGGACGUGGCCACAACACGCAGAGCCGGGCAGUCACACGGCCUUGCCAGUGCCAGGUGCGCUGGUGUUGCUACGUGGAAUGCAAGCAAUGCACACAGCGGGAGGAGGUCUACACCUGCAAGGGCUGAGCUCUGCCCA